AUGUCUAUAAAUAUUCUCUUGUAUCUUUUCAUUGCAGCUGUGGCUCUAAUCACUGUUAUUCUCAUAUUUGUCAUUAUGAUGAUGUUUACUGGAUUUCUUAUCGAUUUACCGAGCAUUUUUCCUUGGCUUUCAUGGAUGCAGUGGAUUAGUGCGUUUCGAUAUGCUUCGAAUGUAUUAACUAUUAGUGAAUUUCAAGGUCUUAAUUUCUGUUCAUCAAAUGGAACCGAAUUUUGUCCAUUGACAGGUGAAGAAGUACUCGCCAAGCGAGAACUCACUCAUGUUAGUUCAUGGGAUUUAUGGAAGAAUUUUUUUGCAUUGACAGUAAUGACUAUAGGACUUUUCGUCUUAGCUUAUAUUCAACUUAUUAGAAUGAAAAGAAAAAAAUAA